AUGAGUGUGUUCCAGUGUUUCCCUCACUCAGAUGAAGUGUUAUGGGAUACAAACGAACAAAAACCCAGGUUAUUUUCACCAAAAGAAAAAAAAAAGUGUCUGAAGAUUACUGGUAGUUCAGUAGCUUCUGCUGUUCUAUCGUAUACCUCGGGGAUGUAUCAGGAAUGCAGUUCUGAGUGGAUGGAUUCUGGAAUGUUCUGGAAAGUUCCAUGUUUUGAUGAAGAGAACAACAAGAAGAACAACAUUAGACUUUAUGGACUUAUAGAACAUUGGAGGUGUGGAGAGCGAUAUUUUCUGGUGAGGAAGCAGGACUUCUUCACUUGGAACACUGCCCUCUAA